CCCCGCGUCUACGUUACCCGCUUCCCCGGUGACGCCACGGCUUCCCAAGUCGCUGACUUGCGCGAAGAAGUCACCGCCAUUGUCCGCCACGCACAACCCGGCGACCAAGCACUGGUCGUCCUGCAAACGGGUGGCGGAACCGUCACGGGCUACGGAUUAGCCGCCGCACAACUACAGCGAUUUCGGGACGCCGGCAUGCAACUCACCGUGGCCGUGGAACAAGUCGCCGCAUCGGGGGGAUAUCUCAUGUCCUGUGUCGCGGACCGCAUCGUCGCCAGCCCCUUUGCCGUCCUCGGAUCGAUCGGCGUCAUUAGCGAUAUUCCCAACGUCUAUGAUCGACUCAAAAAGGAGGGCAUCGAGUUCCAAACCGUCACGGCCGGCAAGUACAAACGGACGUUGACACCCACUAAAAAAGCGACCAAGGAAGAUUUUGACAAGACGAAAAAGGACGUGGAAGAUAUCCUGGUACUCUUCAAAGAGUUCGUCCACCAGAAUCGACCCCAACUGGAUAUCGACCAGGUCGCGACGGGCGAAACCUGGUUCGGGAAGGAUGCGUUGGAUCGGAAACUCUGCGACGAAAUCAAAACGGUAGACGACGUGAUUAUUGACUACAUGAAUCAGAACUUUGACGUGUACGAAGUCAAGUAC